AGCCUGGAAUGACCACUACUGGUGUUACACAAAUACGGCAGCAAAUUCCAAAUAUUAUUCGUCCAUCCCAAGGCACAUCAAGUAUCAGGCCUGCAGUGAAUAUAUCGUCAAUUCAGCGUCCAGGUGUGGCUAUACAACAACUAUCGCAGCAACAGAAUAUAGUCCCUCAACCCACACAAACUAUGGUUUCGGAGCAGACCCCACAACUGAGCCAAAGUAUGUUGGAAAAUGUGAAAAAAUGUAAAAACUUCCUGUCUACACUCAUCAAACUUGCAUCCAACCAACCACAAGCAACUGUGAAAAAUGUGAAAGAUCUCAUACAAGGUUUAAUUGAUGGUAAAAUCGAGCCUGAGAUGUUUACCGCGUCAACUACAGAUUGAGCUCAAAUCAUCUCCUCAACCCUACCUUGUGCCUUUCUUGAAGAAAAGCCUGCCAUAUCUUCGACAAUCGUUACUACAGAAUAAGAUGCAUAUUGAAGGUGUAAAAGCACCACCCCUAGAAGUCCUCCAGAAGUAUCCCCCUAUGCCUAUCACCCCCACUACAAGCCAUACAUCCACAGUGUCUACCUUACAUACACAGAAAUCUGGGAAGGCCAAUCUUCAACAUCACCAAAAAGGGGGCAGUGCAAUAGGAGUAGGGGGUUCUGGGAUAGGGCCGUCAUCAAUGUCCAUGUUACAUAAUUCUGGAGUUCGAAGACAAGCAGAGUCACCAGCUCCAUCUCAUCAUAAAGAAAAACGAAAGUUUGAAUCUCUAAAAGAAGAUGACGAUAUCAACGAUGUAGCAACUAUGGGAGGAGUCAAUCUGUCUGAGGAGAGUCGCAACAUUUUAGCAACAAAUUCUGACCUAGUUGGGACCCAUAUACGUUCUUGUAAAGAUGAGCAGUUCCUAAUAAGCCAGCCUCUUGUAAAUAAAAUCAAUGCAAUAGCACGACGGCACGGCUUGGAUGACAUAUCCCCAGAUGUCGCUAAUUUAGUGUCCCAUGCAACCCAGGAGCGAUUACGAAGCAUCGUUGAAAAAUUAUCAACUGUAGCAGAACAUAGAUUAGAAAUUUUUAAAGCUGACUCUAAGUAUGAGGUGACAACAGAAGUGAGGCCUCAGUUAAAAUUCUUGGAGGAACUUGACAAAGUUGAGAAACGAAGACAUGAGGAUUUGGAGAGAGAAACUUUACUACGCGCAGCAAAGAGUCGGUCAAAACAUGAAGAUCCUGAGCAGCUGAAACUGAAACAACGAGCCAAAGAGAUGCAGGCCAUGGAGAUGGAGGUCAUACGUCAAAAAGAGGCUAAUUUAACAGCAUUAGCUGCGAUUGGACCUCGGAAGAAAAAGAAAGUUGAUUUGGACAGUUCUCAAAGUGGUCUAGGGGCAUCAGGAAGUUCAUCCAACAUGGGAACAUCACCUCGUGUAUCUGCAAGACAGCGAGUGAAGCGUGUCAACCUCAGGGACCUCAUAUUUUUAUUAGAACAAGAAGCACCAACUGCGAAAUCAAACUUAUUGUACAAAGCAUAUCUAAAAUAGCACUAUAUAUGCAUAGAAUUAGGAAAUUAUAGUAAUAAAAACAAUAUCUAAAAGAUGGCAACAUGGUUAAUCGAUAGAUUUCUUCACAGACUGUGAUUCUCCGAGAAAUUGCACAUCAGCUAGGAUAUGAGAGGGAGAUUAUUUUUGCCAAAAAGUUUAUUCCUGUAUAUAUAUACAACUUGCAACUAGAAGUAUAAGACUGUCAUUGUGGUCAUGCUUUGUAAUGCAAAAUAGCAAGGAAACGAAUGAAAUAAGCCAGGAAAAGUACAUGGAUUUGAGAUGCUUAAUUGAAUAGAAUAUUGCAACAAAAUCAGGUUAUUCAUAUGAAUAUUUAUCUUACUUUCAAGUUGGUCAUGCUUUUCUUCAGCUCUUAUAAAAGUCUGCCGAUGAGUAUCCAUGUUAAGACCGUCAUGUUAUUGAAACAUACCAGACCACAUGAUAAAAUCCAGUGAUAUACUCCAGACUGCUUAGCUUUAAUUAAAACCAAUACAAGAAUGUUUACUCAUUUUGUUAAUGGUUAGUUAACAUCAAAACCUGUGUAUAUGCAACACUCUGUACUCACGUCGAUUGUUCCUUGUAAACAAGUGUUCCUUACAUAAAGGUUCAUUAACAUAUUUCUCAGUGGUGAUCCUUACAGAGAGGUGUUCCAGUAGAUAGGUUUUACUGUAUGUGCAUAUAUGUUUUCCUUGGUUAUUCCUCUUCACAAUUAAAGAAAAACAGGACCAGUUGGAGAUAAUUCAAGAAUACUAUACUAUAAGUUAUUGAAUGAUUUGAAGUGCAAUACAGGAGAAAUUCUGCUCAAGAAAUUCUGUAUUUGAAUGAGAUGAAUUCAAGA